CAAACUAGCUCAACAAGGAAAACCAAGAACACCUGGUCCCCCAUUUCUCUUCCUCCUCUAUAAAUACCACACCAUAUGUGAUCAAUACAAAUCCCAGCAAAACCAUUUAAACACUACCUGUUACUACUACAGAAGAACAAGAAGAAAAAGAACAAGAACAAGAUGACUGGAGGAGAGAUGUGGACCCAAAUCGGGUCGUCACUCGCCGGCCUAAUGUUCAUAUGGGCCAUGUUCAAACAAUACCGCCCCUUCGAAAUCGAAGGCCACCUCCAAAAAUACACACAAAAACUAAUUUCCUUGAUCUACCCCUACAUCCACAUCACUUUCCAAGAGUUCACCACCGAGGGCUUUUACGAGCGGAGCAAAGCCUACACGGCCAUCGAACGAUACCUCUUGACCAACUCCUCCACCCGAGCCAAGCGGCUCAAGGCCGAUAUGGUCCGAGACUCCAAGUCCCUCGUCCUAAGCAUGGACGACUACGAGGAAAUCGUAGACGAAUUCAAGGGGAUCAAGGUUUGGUGGGCUUCGAGUAAGAACAUACCCAGAAGCCAGGUGAUUUCGUUUUACGGGGACGAGGAGAAGAGGUUUUACGUGCUCAAGUUCCACCGGAGGCAUAGGGAGAUUGUUAACGGGUUUUACUUGAACCAUGUGAUGGAAGAGGGGAAGGCAAUCGAGGUUAAGACCCGGAAAAGGAAGCUGUAUACGAACAAUCGGAGCGAGCAAUGGGCCGGGAGGUACAAGAGAACAAUGUGGAGCCAUGUGGUGUUUGAGCACCCUGCAACAUUUGAUACUUUAGCCAUGGAGGAGACGAAGAAAAAGCAAAUCAUGAAUGACCUCAUUACCUUCACAAAGUCUAAAGACUACUACAAAAAAAUUGGAAAGGCCUGGAAAAGAGGUUAUCUUCUUUUCGGGCCUCCAGGUACUGGUAAAUCUACCAUGAUUGCGGCCAUGGCCAAUCUUCUAGAGUACGAUGUGUAUGACCUUGAAUUGACCGCAGUAAAAGAUAAUACAGAGUUGAGAAAAUUACUAAUCGAGACAUCGAAUAAGUCUAUCAUAGUGAUUGAAGACAUCGAUUGCUCGCUCGAUCUGACUGGCCAGAGGAAGAAAAAGGAGGAGAAAGAAGGGGAGGGAGAUGGAAAGGAUCCUGUUAGUGAGAAAAAGAACGAGGAUGAUGAAAAGAGUAAGGAGAGUAGUAAGGUUACUUUGUCAGGGCUUUUGAAUUUCAUCGAUGGGCUUUGGUCUGCUUGUGGAGGCGAAAGGAUCAUAGUUUUUACCACGAAUUAUGUGGAGAAACUCGACCCUGCACUGAUUAGGAGAGGGAGGAUGGAUAAGCAUAUUGAGCUAUCGUAUUGUUGUUUUGAGGCAUUUAAAGUGCUCGCGAGGAACUAUUUGGAUCUCGAAUCACACGAUCUAUUCGAGACGAUUGGGAAAUUGUUGGAGGAAACAAAAAUGAGUCCCGCUGAUGUGGCAGAGAAUUUGAUGCCUAAGUCAAACGAUGAAGAUGCGGAUGCAUGUCUGGCGAAUUUGAUAGAUGCAAUUGAGAAAGCGAAGGAAGAAGCGAAGGCGAAGGCAGAGGAGGAGGAGAAGGAGAGGGUACAGGCUGAGGAGGAAAAGAAAGCAAAGGCUGAGAAAGAAGAGAAGGAACAUAAAUCUGAUGAAGCAGUGGAAGAGAAGAAAACAGCAGGGGAAGAAGUGAAGGAAAAUGGGGGUUGAGGUUAGCAAUUAAUCUGAAUUUCCUGCUUUAUAAUUAGUGUGGUUGUUUGCCUGUAUGAUAGUAAAUUCAAGGGUAUGGUUAGUCUUGUAAAAUCUACUACUAGUCUUGUACUCUUUGUUCAAUAAGAAUUGUACUAAAUUUCAAUUACCCACUUU